AUGGAGGAGAAGAAAUCGUUAUCGGAGGAUCACUCAGGAUCGAAGAGGCGAUACUCUGACCCUGAAACUGAAACGUAUUCAUUUUGGAUGCCUGGAAUGGCUGUGAAGGACGAAAUGCCCACGAAGCAGCGAAGGGUGAUCGAGAAGGCCAAUUGCAUCUUUAACGAGCUACGAGUGCUCGUGCUGCAGGACAUGGAGCGGAAGAUACAGAGGGAUUUACAAGAAAGAAAAACUUCCAAGCAGAUCGCAGAUAAUUAUCCACUCCUACCAAGGGAACCAAGCUCAAGUUCUUUGACGCCAUCUGAAACUGCAUCGGAUAUUCCAGAGUCCCCAGAAUUGAGUCAGGAAUCAACAACCAAAGUUGGAAAAACAACACCUUGCUUGCAACCGAUGCCGAGGGACGCCUUUGAUGUUGCGCAGAAUAGAUCAGAUGAAACGCACAUCGAUCACAAUGAAAUCCGUGUAAUCAAGUUUGGAUCCAAUCAGGCUCGGAAAUGCUUAUCUGGCUCGGACAUCCCUCUUUGCCCCAUGAUAUAG